CAUUGGCUAAUGUUAUUGAGUCCAUCAUCAGGAGAACUCUGAACAGUAAUGGUGUGCAUGGCAGGGUUGCAAGGAGAAAUCCACUGCUCUCCAAAAAGAACAUUGCCGCCCGUCUCUAGCAGUUUGCUAAAGAUCACGUGGACAAGCCAGAAAUAUUUUGUGGACGGAUUAGACCAAAAUAGAACUUUUGGUUUAAAUGAGAAGUGUUAUGUUUGGAGAAAGGAAAAUACUGUAUUCCAGCAUAAGAACCUUAUACUUUCUGUGAAACAUGGUGGUGUUAGUAUCGUGGUUGUGGCCUGUUUUGCUGCAUCAGGGCCUGGACGACUUUCCAUCAUUGAUGGAACAAUCAUUUCUGAAUUAUACCAGUGAACUCUAAAGGAAAAUGUCAGGACAUCUGUCUAUGAACUGAAUCUCAAGAUUCACUCAAAGUCCUGACCUUAAUCCAGUAGAAAUGUUGUGGAAGGACCUGAAGCAAGCAGUUCAUGUGAGGAAACCCACCAACAUCGCAGAGUUGAAGCCGUUCUAUACUGAGGAACGGGCUAAAACUCCUCCAAGCCGAUAUGCAGGACUGAUCAACAGUUCCCGGAAACGUUUAGUUGCAGUUAUUGCUGCACAAGGGGGUCACACCAGAUGCUGAAAGCAAAGGUUCAUAUACUUUUGCCACUCACAGAUAUGUAGUCCAUCCCUAUUUAUGCAGAAAUAUAGAAAAUUCUAAAACUUUCACAAACUUUCAAGUGCCACUGUAUAUGCCACUGUCUGUUGAUGAAUGAUGAAUGAUGAAUCCAUGCUAUGACACCAACUUCAUACAUAAGAGCGCCUGAUAAUUAAGAAUAGCUUGUGACUCAAGCACAUGUGAGUUCCAUUUCCUCACUUUUCAAACACAACCCCCACAAGUGUCCACGUAACCAAGCAGCAUAAACAAAUGUAACAUCUAGAUAUACUGCAAAUGGAGAAAAAAAGGGAAGAAGAAGAAAGAUGUUUUAGCUCCUUGGUACAAAUUUAGCUCACUGAUCUCAUUGUGUGACCUGUCCUUUACUGCUGAUGGACAAUUAAGUGUUUUUGUAGCUCUAAGUGGUUGCCAUGGACACCUUAGUAGAGAUCCCGUCAUACACACUUGGCUGUGUAUCCGUAGCCAUGGAAACGCACAUCUCUUUUUGUCUUGCUUUGCAUGAUUUGUCCUCGUUGGCUGUAAAAGAUAAAACCGACCCACAUCAUCCACACUCAUGCAGCGUGGAAGACGGAACUGACGGUGAUUUCACGUGGAAUAGCCUGUCUGGGAGGAGUGUGCGUCUCAAACCGGUGUCUAUUCAGAGCCUGUCCGAGCUGGAGAGAGCCAGACUACAGGAGGUUGCCUACAACCGCCUCCACCAGGACUAUGACCUGGGCUGCCAGAUCACCAUCCCUAAAGAUUGCCAGAAGAGGAAGAAGUCGCUACGGAGGAAGCUGGACUCCUUGUCCAAGGAAAAGAACAAAGACAAAGAACACGCACCGCAGGCGUUUGGCAUCUCCUUAUCACAGGUGAUCGCCAACGACCGAACCCAGCGUCAGCGUCAAGAGGGUCAGAGGGAGGAGCAGAGAGACCCAAGUGACCUGGUGUCCUCCAUCCUGCAGUUUGCCACGCGCCGACCCACCAAGGAGCUUUCCAGCAGCAACUCGUCACUCAGCUCCACCUCGGAGACGGCCAACGAGUCCACGUCAUCCAACACGCCUGAAGCGGCACCCCGCGCUCGCAGGAGGGGUGGCAUGUCCGUGGACUCCAUCACGGAUUUGGACGACAACCAGUCACGUCUGCUGGAGGCGCUGCAGCUCUCGCUGCCUGCCGAGACACCCAGCAAGAAGGAGAAGCAGCAGGACAAGAGACUGAGCCUGAACCCCAUCUACAGGCAGGUGCCACGUGUGCUGGACAGCUGCUGCCAGCACCUUGAGAAGUAUGGUCUACAGACAGUGGGCAUCUUUAGAGUGGGCAGCUCGAAGAAAAGAGUGAGGCAGCUGCGGGAGGAGUUUGACCGCGGCGUAGACGUGCAGCUGGACGAGGAACACAGCGUCCACGACGUGGCCGCGCUUCUGAAGGAAUUCCUCCGGGACAUGGCUGACCCGCUGCUUACCAAAGAGCUCUACACAGCGUUCAUUAACACCACAUUGCUGGACUCAGAAGACCAGCAGUUAGUCACCCAGCUGCUUGUGUACCUGCUGCCGCCUUGUAACAGUGACACCCUGCAGCGGCUGCUGGAGUUUCUGCACAUUGUGGCUCAGCACGCUCAAAAUGGAUAUGGCAAAGAUGGACAGGAGGUUACAGGGAACAAGAUGACAUCAAUCAACUUAGCUACCAUCUUUGGGCCAAACCUGCUGCACAAGCAGAAGAGCUCAGAUAAAGAGUUCAGCGUGCAGAGCUCGGCCCGGGCCGAGGAGUCCACGGCCGUCAUCGCUGUGGUACAGAGGAUGAUCACCGGCUAUGAGGAGCUUUUUAUGGUGUCUGCAGACUUGCAGAAUGAGGUGCUGAUGAGCUUGCUGGAGACAGAUCCUGACGUGGUGGACUACCUCUUACGACGCAAGGCCUCACAAAGUCCUGAUUUGUUAAAUUCUGAGGCAUCACUCUCUCUGAGUGAGUGCAGAUCGUCCAGCGACUCCAACAAGGCGUCCAGUGGUGAAGUCUCUCCCUAUGACAACAACUCUCCCGUGCUGUCUGAGAGGAGAGGGGGAGACCUGGCAAAAGACAGCGAAGUCCAUUCCGGACGAGUCCUCAGCACAGAGCGACUUUUCUGCGUCCCUGAACAGUACAGUCUGGUGGGACAAGUGACAGGACGCAGCAGGGACACGGUUUCAAAUAUCUGGUCCCCAGCCAAGGAGGAGCAUGCUAACAUUUGGGGUGCGUGGCACACAACACUGAAGCCAGGAUUGCAAGAACAACCCUAUACAGGUUCCUGUGGCAACAUAUCAGACGGAAGCUCCCGCAGCUCCAGAGAUGGAAUUGAUGAUCGGACUCCACCCACUGUAAGUAAACCGGAUUUCCCACAAGGCACCACAGUGACUCAUGCAUGCCUCAACCUGAACCUUAAACCCAAUGGCCAAUUGGAAUCCAGCAGCUCAGAGGACCUUCCAGUGAGCAGCCGCCACAGCGCACCUAGCCCCACCCUUUGCCCCAAACCGACCAACAGGAAUGAAGCACGUCCUCCUCCACCACCUUACAGACACUCAAGAUUAACACCUUCAAUAGUUUCGUCCAAUUCUGUCGUGUCACAGUCUCAGCAGCACCCCCAGCAGCUCGGGAAGACCAGCAACCAGAACUCAUCCUCACCAGUGGGCACACUGGUGCCCACGAGCCCAGAGUGGCAAGACUGGCAGAGGGACAGAUGGCACAUCUGGCAGCUGCUGUCUUCAGACAACGCUGAUACGCUACCUGAGACACUGGUGUGAUGCCAACCUAAGCAGUUCAGUAUGUUUAUAUACAGAAGCCACUGCCUUAUAUGUGUUAUGUACGGACUGGUUUUGGGGCUAAGCUCCUCAUUAUACUCUGUAGGCAGUUGUGGCAGUAGGGGGAACCGAGUGGCACCGUGGAAACCAAAAGAGGUGCAAGUAUUCCUCCAGCUGAGGAAGAUUCCAGGCAGCAAACCACAGAUCAACUGACAGUGCAAUUGGUGUGGGAUCGGUUCCAUUCCCAAAAAAAUUAAUGUUUGCUUGCUAGAUCCACUUCUAAAACCCAAUGGCUCAGAGCCCUUUCCUCACGUUCUGUUUUUAGCUUCACACGGGAAUCCAGCAUUAUAGGCUCUAAACCAGGUACAUUAAUUACCAAACAAACCUAAAGCUAAACUGUCAGAUCAUUAAAUCAUUGACACUUUUAUAUGGACAAAUUGAACAAUACACUAUACUCAAAUUAUUGCGUAACUGCUGUGUGUGUCUGCUUACAAGUUUUCCUUUAAAACAAAACAAAAAAAACAAACAAAAAAAAAAACAACAAUUGUUCAAUUUUUGCACUGAAUGGUAUGACAUGGGGUCAAACUUUACAGGCUCAGCUCCUUUUUUGUAUAUACACCAUAAGAAUAUUGCCAAAAAAGCUGCUAAAUCAGAUGUAUACAAAAUUAUUUGUUCUUACCUCCAACGCUAUAAGGAUACCAGGACAGUGAAAUGCCAUUUUGUAUUAAUUAAGGACAUGUAAGCCUCUGAAUGAAUAACGCAUGAGUGAAAUUCAGUAGCAUUUCAAAAUGGCCAUUAAUAUUUGGGCCACAUGUUCCUCUCUGGCCCAAAUGCUAAAAUAUGUCUAAUUCGUGCGCUUACUAGAACUCUCACAUCUCAGAUGUGAGAACACAUAGAACCCAUUCUUACAAGAUUUGUCGAACUGUGUUUUCCCAUAAUGCACUGCAAGAGUACGACAAUUUUAAUGGCAAGUUUACAAUGAUUGUGUAAUUAAAUAAAGCAUAAAUUUAUUUUUUAUAUUUUAAAUUAGUUUAACAUAUAAAAGUUGUCCUCUGCCAAGCUUGUAGUGUGUGUGUUGACUUGUACGCUAACCAUUAAUUAACCGACUACCACACAGGCUGUUAGCUAGCUACUGAAUAGUCUCCGAUGAUGCAAUGUUAUGACUUUGUCCUGUGUUUUUCUAUGUACACUGUUCCAAACUACAUGAUUUUUUUAAGUUUCUGCAGCGACUGUCACUCUCGAGAAGAAAUUCUCUAAGAACUCUUCAGUCAAAUGCUAGCAUUUGGUAUCCACCUUUUAUUUCCACAGCACUUAAAGAAGGUACAUGUUCCUCAGAUGGAUUUGUUUUUAAGCUUGUUUUAAAACAUUCUAAAAUGAAUUGUGCCUUUGCAAGCUGCCUCUUACAACCUGCCUAAGAGCAGAACUACAUUUUGCGAAUUCAGCAGUAUGUUCGAAUAAUAGUAAUAAACUUUUAUAGGUUGA